AUGACCACCUUGUUGGUGCAGACCCCGGUCGACCGCCCUCACCUGCGACUGCUUCUCUUCCCUCACGCCGGUGGCUCUGCCGCCGCGUACGAAGGCUGGCACGACGCGCUCGCGUCGCGCCUCCCCGUGCCGGUCGAGGUCUGGGCGGUCAGUCCUCCCGGGAGAGGCGCCCGAGCCGGCGAGGCAGCCUUCCCCACGGUGGCGGCGCUCGCCCAGGCGGUCCUCUCCGAGCUGGUGCGACUUGAGCUCCACCUCGCACCGCUCGCCGUCUUUGGCCACUCCCUCGGCGCCCUCACCGCCUAUGAGCUCGCCCGGAGGAUGGUAGACGCACGCCUCCCGCCGCCAGUCUGCCUCUUUGCCUCGGCGCACGAGCCGCCCUCGUGCGGCAUGCCCGAGGCGCAGCGCGGGCUCGCCUCCCUCAGCGACGCCGCGCUGCUCCGCGCCCUCGCGGCCUUCGACUUCGUGCCGGUGGCAUCCUUGGAAGCGGACGCCGCCGACGCCGCCGAAGUGGCGGUGAUAGCGCCGCUGCUCGCCCCGCUCCGCGCCGAUCUUGCCAUGCGCGAAGCGUACCUCGACGCCGUCGCCGCCGGCACCGCACCGCCGCCGCCGCCCUCGCCGACGUUGCCUCUGCCUGUCUAUGCAGUCGGCGGCGCUGCAGACGCCGCCGUGGACGCGGCGUCGCUGCAGCGGUGGGCGGCGCUGGGCAGCGGCGGCGGCGGGUGCACCCAGCUGCCGGGGGGGCACUUUUACCUGCACAGCCGGCUGGGAGGCCCCUCCCUCGCCCCGCUGCUCGCGCUCGUCGCCUCGAAGAUUGCCGUCUGUCUCGCCCCGGUGCCGGCCUCUGUCCUGUGCGGCCCGCCCCUCGAGGGAGCGGUGGGGGCGGCGGUGGGGGCGGUGGGGGCGGCGGAUGCGGCGGAGGGGGCGGCGGAGGGGGCGGUGGGCGUGGAGGCGCCGCCGGUCGAGUCCCUGUCCCGGGACACGACACGUCCGGGACAUGUCCCGUACGUGCACGAGCUGGUGUUGCGCUGGGCCGCCGCGACGCCAACCGCCGCCGCCAUCGUCUCCGAGGUCGGGGGGCGGCUCGAGGCGGUGAGCUACGCGGAGGUGCGCGAGGUGGUGCACGCGCUCGGCGGAUGGCUCGUCUCGCACGGCGCGGCGCCCCGCGCGACCGUCGCCGCCCUGCUCGAGCACCGCGCUGAGUCUCUCCUCGCGCAGCUCGCUGUCGGCGCAGCAGGCGCCGCAUUCUUCCCGCUCGAACCCCACCUCGGCCCGCGCUCUCUCGCGCAGCUGCUGGCGCAAGCCACGCCGGCGCUGGUCGACCCGCCGCGCCUCGCCUCCCUGCUCGCCGAGGCGCGCGCCACGCGCAUCCUGACGACCCCCUCGCUCCUCGCAACCUUUCUCGAGCUUGGCUGCCCGCCGCCGCCCGCCGCACCACCCGCCGCCGCAUCGCCCGCCGCGCCACCCGCCGCCGCAUCGCCCGCCGUGCCUCCCGCCGCCGCAUCUCCGCUCGGCUGCUUGCGGCUGUGGACUCUGUGUGGCGAGGUCGCGCCGGCGAGCCUCGUCGAGCGGCACGCAGCGUCUCUGCCGCACGUGCAGCUCGUCAACGACUACUCCUCCUGGGAGGGGUGCGACGCCGCAUACGCAGACCUCCACCCGGCCGCGCCGGACGCGGCCGCCGGCGCCAUAGCGCCCGUCGGACGGCCUCCGGCUGGCGUCGCCAUCGCCGUCCUCGACCCGGACUCGCUCGCCCCGGCCUUCACUGGCUACGCCGGCGCCGCCGACCUGACCACCGCGAGACUGCUCCCCGCGCCGCCAGAGCUGUGCGCGCUGCUGCGCGCGUCUCUCGGGCCCAACAGCCUCACCCUCACCCUCUGCGCCGACCACGCAGCCGAGGCGCCGCCGUCUCCGCGCGCCGUGCGAGGCGCGGCGGGCGGCGAGGCCGAGCUCCUCCUCUAUCGGACGGGCGACCUUGCGCGGCUCCUCCCGUCUGCGGCGGCGGGCGGCGAGGCGAGCGUGCAGGUGCUCGGCCGGCUCGACUCGACCGUCAAGAUCCGCGGGUACAAGGCGUGCAUCUCGGCUCUGGCCGGCGUCGGCCGCUGCGCCGUCGUCGCGCUGCUCGACGAGGCAGACGAGGAACGGUUGUCCCUUCCGCGAGGCCUCUCGGCCGCCGAGUCCAAGAAGCUCGACCGGCGGUCGCUACCAAGGCCAAACCUCUCCCUCGCCUCGCUGCGCGCGUCGGCCGCCGCGCCGCCCGCCGCCGCGUCGGCCGACGCCGCCGCGCCGGCGGCCGACGGCAGCGCGGUGGACGCACUCGAGGGUGAUAUGCUCCCCGUGUGGCGCUCGGUGCUCGGCGUGCCCGACGUCGAGGGCGGCGACAACUUCUUCGACCUCGGCGGCCACUCGCUGCUCGCCGCCCGACUCGCGCGCCUCGCCAUCUCGCUGACGGUGCUCGACCUCUUCGACGCGCCGACGCCCGCCGGGCUCGCGCGCGCCGUCCGCGCGAGGGCAGAGGGCGCCACCCCGCGUGCCGCGCCGGCCGCCGCUGCGCCUCUGGAUGUUGCCUCGCGCGAGCUGGCCGUGGCCUUCGAGCACGCGGGGUACGCGCCGCUCUCCGGCACGCCGGAGCGGACGGCGGUGGUUGCGGCGCCCGGCAUCGACGGCUACAUGCACCACCACCUCGAUGGCGCGCCGCUCAAGGACGCCCUCUCCCCCGGCGACAUCUUCCUGGGCGAGGUUGGCUCCGAGAAGGACUACAUCGCGACGCGCCUCUCGUACGCCCUCGACCUGAUGGGCCCCUCCCUCACCGUCAACUCUGCCUGCUCGUCGGGGCUGCUCGCCGUCGCGCACGCCGCCGCGCCCCUCCUCACUGGCGAGGCAGACCUCGCCCUCGGCGGCGCGUCGGCGCUAACCUUCCCAUCGCACGGCUACGUCUUUGAGGAGGGGCUGGUCGCCUCCAUCGACGGCAAGGUGCGCCCCUUCGACGCGGCGGCGCACGGGACCGUCUUCGGCGACGCCGUCGGCGCCGUCGUCCUCAAGCGUGCCGCCGACGCCGACGCCGCCGCCGACGCCCCUCUCGCGAGGCUGCUCGGCUACGCGGUCACCAACGACGGCGCCCGCAAGGCUGGCUACGCUGCCCCGGGGGUGGCCGGCCAGCGCGCGGCGGUCAGCGGCGCGCUCGGCGUGGCAGGAGUCGCGGCGUCGUCGCUCUCGUACGUCGAGUGCCACGCGACUGGCACGCUCAUCGGCGAUGGCAUCGAGGCGCGCGCGCUCACUGACGCGCUCGCCGCCUCGGAUGCCGGCGCCGCCGCCGCCGCGUCGCGCGGCACCUUCAUCUCGCUCGGCUCAAUCAAGGGCAACCUCGGCCACGCCAACGCGGCUGCGGGCGUCACGGGGCUGCACAAGGCGUUGCUCUGCCUCUCACGCGCGGAGCUCGUCCCGACCGCCCACUUCGCCAAGCUCAACAGGAACGUCCACCUCGCCGGCACUCCGCUCGCCGUGCACCAGGCCGGGGCUGCCGGGGCUGUGCCGUGGGCGAGGCCGACAGGCGUGCCGGGAGCGGCCAGCGAGGCGGCGCGCCGCUGCGGCGUCUCCUCCUUCGGCAUCGGGGGCACCAACGUGCACAUGAUCCUCGAGGAGCCGCCCCGCGCCGCGGGCAAGCCCGCCGCAUCCGCCGCCGCCGCUGCCGCCGCCGCAUCCGCCGCCGCCGCCGCCGCCGCCCCGACGCGCCGUGCCGUGCACAUGCUCUGCGUCUCGGCAAAGUCGGGCGCCGCGGCGCGACGCGCCGCGGAGGCGCUCGCGGCGGCCCUCGAAGGCGAGGGGGCGCCGCCACUCGAGCACGUUGCGGCCCAGCUGCUCGGCGGCCGGGAGCUCUUCUCCAAGCGCGUCGCCGUCUCCGCCGCCACGCGCGCCGAGGCCGUCGCGGCGCUGCGCGCCGCCGCCGCCGCCCCGGCCCCCGCCCCCGCCCCAGCGUCGCCAUCGCCGAGCAAGAGCAGCAGCAUGGUCGACCUCGAGUCGGCGGGCGGCGGCGGCGGCGGGGCAAGACGCCGGGGCAAGACGCCGCCGGUGGUGCUCCUCUUCCCCGGCCAGGGCUCGCAGUGCCCGCGCAUGGGAGAGGGGAUCUACCGCUCCGAGCCCGCCUACCGGCGGCACGUCGACCGGAUGUGCGCCACGCUGCGCCCCCUCCUCGGCUUCGACUUGCGCGAGCGGCUCUUCCCCGCCGCCGGCGCCGAGGACGCCGACGGCUUCCGCGCCGCUUUCGACGCGCCGACGGUGACGCAACCCGCCAUCUUCGUGACGGAGCUCGCGCUGGGCCGCACGCUCGUCGAGGAGUACGGCCUCGCGCCCGCCGCCCUCGCCGGCCACUCGAUCGGCGAGUUCGUCGCGGCGACGCUCGCCGGGGUCCUCCCCGAGGAGGACGCGCUCGCCCUCAUCGCCACGCGCGCGCGACUGUCCGAGGAGGCGCAGCCGGGCGGCAUGCUCGCGGUGGCGCUGAGCGCCGCGCGCGCGGCCGAGGUUGCGGCGAUGCCGUCGCACCGCGGCAAGGUGUGGCUGGCCGUGCGCAACAGCGGCGGCCGGACCGUCCUCGCCGGCGACGACGACGCGCUGCUCGCAGUUCAGGCGCUGCUCGACUCGGAGGGCGUCCGCUCGCGCCGGCUGCCGCUGCCUCGCGCCUACCACACGCCCCUGAUGGAGUCGGUCGCUGACGGCCUCGCCGCUGUCCUGGCGCGCGUGCGGCUCGCGCCACCAAAGCUGCCGUUAGCGUGCAACGGCGGCGGCGGCUGGAUGGAGGCCGCCACCGCCACCGACCCGUCGUACUGGGCGGGGCACGUGUCGCGCGCGGUGCGGUGGGACGCAAACAUGGACCUGCUCGCGGCGCUCGCCAAGGAGGCCGGAGGAGACGGCUUGCUCGCGGUUGAGGUUGGGUCGGGCUCAUCCCUCGCGCCGCUGCUCGCCGAGUGCACCGCCGACGGCGCGAGCGCCCUCUCGGUCCUCUCGACGCUGCGCCACCCUCGCGAGGACUGGGCCGGCGGCGCCGCCGACGAGCGCGUGUUUGCCGACGCGCUGUGUGGUUUGUGGGAGGCGCGCGCGCCGCUCACGCUGCGGCGCGCGCGGCACGGCUCGCGGCGGUACGCCGCGGCGAGGCUGCCGGGCUACGCGUUUGAGCCGGCCGUGCACUGGCUCAAGCCCGAGCGCUCGAUGUACGUCCGGCCGACGGCGGAGGAGGUGAGCGCCGCGCAGGCGGCGCUCCUCGCCGCCGCCGCGCCGCCCUCCAAGUUUCCGCUCGACCCCGCCGGCCUGCCGGCGCUGCAGCCGCUGCGCCGCGCGUCGCCAGGCUCGCGGUGGGUGUCCGCUUACUGCCUCGCCUUCGCGGGCGGCUCGACGGCGGCGUUCGCGGAGCUCGCCGCCGGCGCGCCCGAGUGGAUGGAGGUGGUUGGCGUCGAGACGCCCGGCAAGGGCGCGCUCGCCGACCACACGUGGCCGGGCGAGGUGGCGCCCGCCGGGAUGCAGGCCGGCGCCGCGGCCGAGGCGGAGGCCGAGAUGAUCGAAGAGCUCGCCGCGCGCAUCGCGGCGGACGCGGCGGGCUCGGCGAUCGUCCUCGUCGGCUGGUCGAUGGGAGGGAUGCUGGCUGCGGAGGUCGCGCUCCACCUGCAGGCGGCGGGCUCGCCGCCGCACCUACUACACGUCGCCGGCCGCAUGGCGCCCGGCUCCUUCGUCGCCGCUUCGGAGGCUGACCUCGACUCGUACUCACUCGCCUCGCCCGAGGUGCGCGCGUCGGCCGCGUACCGCGAGUGGCUCCUGCCGACGCUGCUUGCCGAUUUGCGCGCCGACGGGCGCGCGGAGCGGAGAGUCGCCGAUGCGCUCCGCCGCGCCACCGGCGGCGGCAGCGGCGCGGCGCUCGAUUGCGCGCUGCAGAUCUGCUGCGGCGACUCGGACGCGUCGUUCCCGCCCUCCGCCGCGGGCGGCUGGCUGUCGCUGACGUCGGGGAAGCGCAGCGUGCACACCCUGGCGGGCGGGCACGACAUCCUCACCAGCGGAUCCGCGGAGCUGAUGCAGUUGCUGCUGCGGCGCCUGCUGCCGCAGGCGCCGCUCUACGCAGUGCGGUGGGACCGACUGCCCUCGCGCGCCGGCGAGAGCGAGGCUGCCGCCGAGGCGGACUCGGACGACGAGGCUCUCCACGCGGCCCACGGGGAGCGAGCUCCGCCGGCGUCACCGACGCCGCCGUCGCCGCCGGCAGCUGCGCCGCCGCCGGCCGCUGCCCCGCCGCCUCGCGCUGCGCCGCCGCCCACCAAACCCGCCGUGCCGCCCGCCGCGCCGCCCCGGCUGCUUCGGCUCGGCGCGGACGAGGUCGGGCUGCGGCCGCGCGACGCGGCGGCGCUGCGCACGACCCUCGGCUUGCUCGUGUACAUCGAGCCACAGGAGGCGCCGGCGGCGCAGCGCGCCCAGUGCGCCGCCCUGCUGCGCCUGCUCCUCGCGGCCGCCGCCGCCGGCGGCGGGCGGGUCGUCCUCGUCUGCAGCGCAGACACGCGCUCGGCGCUGGCGGCCGGCGCGUCCAAGGCGGCGCCGCUCGAGAUGCCCGAGCUGUCGGUGCAGCGCCUCUUUCUCCCCGCCGACGCCGACCUGCUCGGCGCCGACCGGUCGGUCGGCUCGCGGCUCGGCGCCAUUCGGCCGCUGCUCGACGGCUGGGUGCGGUGGAUCGCCGCCUCGUCCGCCGCGCGGCGGGAGGAGUGCGACUUGCUCCUCGACGCGGCGGGCGGGCCGCCGCGCGCGCCCCGCCUCGCCUCGCUGCCUCCGCCUCCUCCCGCCGACGUGCCCGCUCUCGACCCCGCCGCGUCCUACCUGGUCACCGGCGGCUCGGGCGGGCUGGGCGGCGCGCUGGUGGAGUGGCUGCUCGACGCGCAGGGCGUGCCGCCCGCGCACGUCGUGCUGCUCUCGCGCCGCGGCGCGCCGCACCCGCGCGGCGUCACGUCGCUCGCUGCCGACCUCGGCGAUGCCGACUCGCUGCGCGGGUGCGCCGGCCUCGCGGCGCUCGGGGCGGCGCUGCCGCGGCUCGGCGGCCUCUUCCACCUCGCGGGCGUGCUCGACGACGGCCUCAUCUCGAACCUCGACGAGGCGCGGAUCGGCUCCGUGGUGGCGCCAAAGGCGGGCGUGCUGCCGCUGCUGCGGCAGCUCGCCCGCGCCUCCGCUUCGCCGCCAUGGGUGAUGCUCUCCUCCUCCACGUCGUCGCUGCUGGGCUACGCGGGCCAAGCAAACUACUGCGCCGCCAACGCCAUCUUUGACCACGCCGCGGCCUUCGGCCUGCCGCCGCCGCCCGCCGAGCUCGGCUCGCCGCCGCGCGUCCUCACCGUCAACUUUGGCCCGUGGGGCGAGGUCGGGAUGGCGCGCGAGGGCACAAAGGCGCACGCGCUGUCGGUGGCGAGUGGCGAGACGCCGAUGGCGACAGGCGCCGCCAUCGCCUGCAUAGCGCACGCCGUCCGCGCCGUCGGGGCGGGCGCCGCAUCGCCGCCCGCCGCCUCGCCGCCCGCUGCCUCGGCGGCCUUGAGCUCGGCAUCUCCUCUCGCUGCCUCGGGACCCUCCUCGCCGGCGCCGGCGCCGCACCCGGAGCAGGCGGAGCCCAACCUGCAGUUUUGCAUCGCCGACGUGUCUUGGUGGCGAUCUCCGUGGCCCGACCACCCGCUAGUGCAAGGGGUCGUCCGCCGCUCGCCGGCGGCGGUGCCGUCGGCCGCAGUCGUCGCCAGCGGCGGCGGCGCCGCCGAGGAGGGCGGCGCGGAGGCGGGCGGCGUGCUUGCGCCGGAGCUGGACGCCGAGGCGAAGGCCGCCAACGGGCGCGCGCGCGCCGAGGCGUGGAUGCGCGGGCGGCUCAACGAGUGGGAGCUGGAGACGCGGCUCGCAGAGCUGGGCCUCGACUCGCUCGACCUGGUGCAGCUGCGCAACGCCUUCAACAAGCACUUCCGCACCGAGGUGCCCCUCUCGGUCUUCUCGAACGCCAACCAGACCCUCGCCGCGCUGCUCGGCCGCGUGGGGGAGCUCAUCUGAACACGGAGCCUCAUCGUGAGUGUAGUACUGGGCGUGAGUGUAGUAUCGGGCGUGAGUGCUCGCCAUGUGC